AUGCUCAAUCGUGCAUUACGAAUGAUGGAUGGUCAUAUCAUCAUACGUUUGGGUUUCUUUAUCGGUGACCUGCAUCGACAAAUUGAACAACUACACCAAAAACAAUAUGCUGGUACAACCGCUACUGACACCUUCACCCUUUACCGUGGUCAGGGUUUAUCUACAGGAGAUUUUGAACAAAUGAUGCAAAAUAAAGGUGGUUUUAUUUCUUUCAACAAUUUCUUAUCAACCAGUAAUGAUCGUGAUCUCUCCUAUGCUUUCGCAGAAAGUAAUCAGGCUGGUCCGGAUUGA